UUAAGAAGGAUGAGAAAUGAUAUAACCAUGAGGGUAUUUCUUUAAAAUGAUUCAAACAGCAACACAUUGAACAGAAAUACAAUUAGCCAGUUACAUUAGCACAUCAACAAAAUGAGUUAUGAUUGUAUACGAGUCAAAAUCGGUCUUGUAGGCAACAGCCAUGGGAGGUUUUCUCGUGAUAGUCGGACAUUCUGUUACAUGACUCCUAAUACCUGCUGGCCUUUAGCCACAGAGCUACUUGCUGAAUGGAGCCACUGGACUGUUGAUUAUUAACAUGUAAUUGGCCACCAGCCGCACUGUGCUCAAUGGGGCGAAUCCAGCCACUUAACUCCCAGGUCUGCUUAACUGCAGCUGUGACCUUCAACUCGCGCCUGAGCUGUGGAGUCUGUCAUUUUUUUGCGUCAAAACUACGACCGAACACAGAUUUAUGGAUUCUUGCAGCAUGAUGGUUGUAAUGCGAGUAGAAAAAGCUUUUAGUGUUGUGAUUUCACCCUUUGCUAUAAUUCUUACUAGAGCAUGGCCAGUAUGGAUUUUGGGGCGGAUACAGAUAUUGGGAAAUUAAGCUAUCAAUUGAUUGACAGAUAUUUGAUAGACAAUUUGGCAAUGAUCCCUGAGCUGUUGGUAUCAAACCAUUACAAUAAAGAAAUGUAAUCUUUUUUGAAACUCACAUUCUUGCCGUUUCCCACAUUUGUAAAUGUUGUGUAGUCACAACUCUGCAACCAGUAUUUACCAAUAAACUUAACGACCCCAAAUAAAACAACAUCCAAUCUGCCUGGGUGCCAUUGAGCAAGGCAAUCAAUGUAGUAGCUAUAAUGAGGUUAAAUGGGACUUUAGUAUAAGGUGGUGUAUAAUGUUUAAGUCUAAAAGUUAAAUUAUAUUUUCAGUUCAUUGGGCCCCAUCAUGUUGCCCGUGCGUCCUGACGCCCACUCCACGCUGCCUGACUGAGCGUGCACAGUGACCAGUGUCCGGCAGCGCUCUCUCGGGACCCCUCCUGGAGGAGCAGGCAUAUAAAACGAGCGUCUCUCCCAUCGCUGGGACACAGAGUCAUCCAGCCCGGCCCGACGCGCUUCAGCCGCGCUUCAUGGAUGCUUCAGCAGCGGAGCAGCAUCCUCAGCCUCUUCCCAGCCCAGCGGGACUAACUCUGUGUUAACCGGACCUCAUCCCAGCGCUCUCUCCUCUCCUCUCCUAGAUACUGCAAGUGUUGCAAGAGCUGCCAUGGCGAACAGAGGGCCCACCUACGGCCUGAGCCGAGAGGUGCAGGAGAAGAUCGACCUGAAGUACGACUCCGACCUGGAGCAGAAGCUGGUGGACUGGAUCGUGGCUCAGUGUGGGGGAAACAUGGAGAAGCCACAGACGGGCAAAGAGAACUUCCAGAAAUGGCUGCUGGACGGCACAAUCCUGUGUAGACUCAUCAACAGCCUGUAUCCGAGGGGCAAGGAACCCAUCAAGAAGAUUGCGGAGACUCAGAUGGCCUUCAAGCAGAUGGAGAAGAUCUCUCAGUUCCUGCAAGCAGCGGAAGCUUACGGGGUGACGACCACCGACAUCUUUCAAACUGUGGACCUCUGGGAAGCAAAGGACAUGGCAGCAGUGCAGAGGACCCUGAUGGCUCUGGGGAGCGUGGCUGUCACCAAGGACGAUGGUCACUACAGAGGUGACCGAGAAUGGUUCCGCAGGAAAGCGCAGGCGUAUCGACGAGAGUUCUCCGAGGAGCAGCUGCGCCAGGGACAGAGUCUGAUUGGCCUGCAGAUGGGCAGCAACCGCGGAGCUUCCCAAGCUGGUAUGACGGGCUACGGUAUGCACCGUCAGAUCAUGUAGGACGUUUCCUACCUAACCUGCUCCUCUGCUUCUGAGACCUUAUUUUCUACUAAUACCACAAGUGUUGUAGCCCCCCCCCCC